AAAAAAACAAAACUCCUCACUGUUUAGUUGCCGCUCCUCCACGCCCUUCCAGCCUCCCGUCUCUUCACCGCAGCCCCCGUCUUGACCGGAGCAGCCUCCCUCCGCCAUCUCCCUUCUAAUUGAAGAGAAAUUUUCCGAGAUUAUUCUAAGUUCAGAGCGAAAAAGGCGAAGAGAGAGAGAGACAAAUGCCUCCGCCGAAACACAAGCCAGAGACUUUGGCUUUGGAGGCUGAUACCUCAAACGACACUGACAAUGAAAAACCACCAAAUUUCUUCGAUAUUUAUGGUCCUCAGGGUAAAGCAGAUAUUGUUUUUAAAAAACCAGAGGCUACCUCUACUCUGAAUUUGCAAGAUGUUCAAGGUCUAGUGACGUGGGUGCUUGCUGAAGGAUUCAUGCCACCAUGGGUUUUCAUUAAGAAUAAACCACUUAUCCCAAAAGUGGUUAUGCUUUACGUUCCAGGCCUAGAUGCGGCUUUGUACAUAUCUCAGUCCAAAAUACUUCCAAGUCUUGAAGAAUUUUGUGCGAAUCCAAGGCCAGUUUUGGCACUUAGUUGUAUAUCAGAUGGAAUGCAAACGAUUGAUGCACUCCUCACGUGCAAGGUGAAAAGAAAAAGAGACCAAAAUCAUUCAGACUCUAUGAAAUCUAAAACAGAAAGUGAAGGAAAAUACAGUUCUGGGACAGAUAAACAGCCCCUUGCAGAACUUACGAAAAAUAUACCUUUCCCCAUCACAUAUUACACACUUACAGAAAAAGAAAUGGAAGACAAUGGCUAUUGUCUCAAUCAGCAAGGUUUUCUUUCUACUCUCCCUGCACCUUCAGAAGCAUGUCCCUAUGAAAUGUUGGCACUUGAUUGUGAGAUGUGCAUCACGAGGGAGGGUUUUGAGCUUACAAGAGUGACCUUGGUGGACGUCCAAGGACAGGUUGUGCUAGAUAAAUUGGUUAAACCAUCAAACAAUAUCAUUGAUUACAACACCAGGUAUAGUGGGAUUACUAGUGACAUGUUAGAUGGGGUGACAACGAGUCUUAAAGAUAUUCAGGAGGAUUUUCUAAAGCUGGUUUACAAGGAGACCAUCUUAGUUGGGCAUUCGGUGGAAAAUGAUUUAUUAGCAUUGAAGAUCUCUCACAAUCGGGUGAUUGACACUGCAGUACUGUACAAGCAUCCUCGCGGCGGAUCUUAUAAAUCUGCUUUACGAGUUCUUGCCAAGAGAUUUCUUUCUAAGGAGAUACAACAGUCAGGGAAUGGUCAUGACAGCAUUGAAGAUGCAAGGACUGCAUUGGAAUUGGCACUCUUAAAAAUUAAACAUGGGCCCGACUUUGGGUCACCGCCAUCAUUAAUGCGGAAAAAGCUCCUUACAGUUUUGAGUGAUUGUGGAAAGAUCUCUUCCAUCAUUGAUGAUGUUUCCAUAGUGAAACGUUAUGCUUCGGAAUCAUCCCACGUGAUUCCCGUGUCUUCAGAUGAGGAAGCUCUUUCUAAAGCCCAAAAGGAGGUGAAGAACGAACGAGUGCAUUUUGUUUGGACUCAAUUCUCGGAGUUGAAUUCAUAUUUCAAGAAACAAGCAGGAGAUCCAGAAAAAUUAAACGCGAAGCUCGCAGAGAUGAUGUCUUUGCUUACAUGUAAAUCAUCCGCAAGUAAGAAAGGAGGCAAAUGUAAGGUGACACCAGAAUUGAAGGAAAUUCUGGCUCGCAUGGAUGCUAGAAUCCGUAGUCUUCACAAUGCUUUACCCACUAAUACCAUGCUUAUAGUUUGCACCGGACAUGGAAACACAGCAAUGGUCUACAGAUUGAGGAAAAUGCUUGCAGAGAGCACUGAAACCACCACGUCCAUGUCUAGGCCCAACAUUGUAAAGGUCUUGGAAGAGCUUCAGGCCCAAGCAGAGGUAGCUUUAUGUUUUGUUGGCGUAAAACAUUGAUCACCAAAUACAAAUUUGCUACAGCCCCUAUGACACUAGAAAGAUUUGGAAGCAAGAUAAAGAAAUUACAGCAUAUUUCUGUUUUAUUUACAUUUUUAUUAUUCUAUUUUGGGAAAUUAUAUUCACAUCCCAAAUUUUUGUUAAAGCACCCUAAAUAGAUAUAUACUCGUUUUAAAUUUAAAAUUA